AUGACUGAAAUCGGUACCCUCGUCAUCGUCGUGUUGAAGGCGAAGGAUCUGCCCGAUAAACAUUUCUACAAACAGGAUGUGUUCGCACAAGUGACGCUCAAUGGCACGUCGAAACGCACGAAGCUCGACGUGAAAGGCGGCCAGCAUCCGCUCUGGGACGAAGAGAUCCGCUUCCCCGUAUACAAGGACACGACGGCCAAGCAUCGCACGCUUGAGGUCGAGUGUUUCUCGAAGGAGACGCGUAGCGAUGAGAGUGUAGGCAAGGGAUCGGUGGACAUUUCGGACACGCUGAAGACCGGAGAAUUUGACGAUUGGGUACCCCUCUCGCUCAACAACGUCCAACGCGGUGAAAUCUUUCUCGAGAUGACGUAUUUCGCGUCGGGACCGGCUCCGAUCCAGCGUCGGCCAAGCAAGAUGAACCCGAGCGAGCGAAUGUGGCGGCCACCUCAAACCAGUCCUGCGAAGACACCUCCGAAGGGGACUUCGCCU